CGAAACUGGGAGUGGGAUUGGGGAUUUGCCGACGAUACAGUAAAACGCACGGACUUAUAGUUUUAAAAGGAUAACAUUUUUUUUGUUUGAAUUUUCUGCAUCUGUCACAAGAUACCAGGCGUACCAGAGAGGUAUAUAACGGGAGAAGUUUAGAAACUUUUUUUCUUUCUUUAGCUUUUAAAACCGAACACGUCAAUUCUGCUUUAGUAAUCAAUUGUAUGUAAUUUGUGCCGCGAAACCUCACACAAUGUUGCCAAAAGUACAGUUUUCUAUCGUCUUCUGGUGCGUAACAGGUGUUUUGUAUUCUUACGCGCAAAAAUGUGGCCGACCGCCGAUAGCUGAGAACAGGAUUGUAGGAGGGAUGGACGCCACAGAUGGGGCUUGGCCCUGGCAGGUGGAUAUACAUAACGAGGCUGUUCAUAUCUGUGGAGGCUCCAUCAUCACGCGGAACUGGGUCCUAUCAGCUGCUCACUGCUUCCCAAACCCAUCUGACGUGGGCUCUUACAUCAUCUAUGCUGGCCGGUACCAGCAGAAUGGCUUCAACCCGCACGAGUCAAUUCAUCGUGUGAGCCAGGUGGUGAUCCCGUACGGUUACGUGGAGCCUCACAGUGGAAAGGAUUUGGUGCUGGUGCGGCUGUCCAGCCCAGUAACCUGGUCAGAUUAUGUCAGUCCCAUCUGCCUGCCUGCUUCUGGCACCUUGUUCCCAGGUGGCAUGCAGUGCUAUGUCACUGGCUGGGGAAACAUCCGAGUUGAUGUCCCUCUGCCAGGAAGUGGGACUCUGCAGGAAGUGCAGGUGCCAAUCAUCUCCCAGAGUUCAUGUCAGGAGAUGUACCGGACGGAGCAGGUGGACAUCUUGUAUGACAUGAUCUGCGCUGGACUCCAGGAGGGCGGCAAAGAUUCCUGCCAGGGUGAUUCAGGAGGGCCCCUUGUCUGCCAGAUGGUGAAUGGGACCUGGGUGCAGGUUGGAGUGGUGAGUUUUGGAUUGGAGUGUGCUAAAGAAAACCAGCCAGGCGUGUAUACUCGACUGACCAGCUACUCAAGUUUCAUCAGCGACACGAUACCAGAGAUCCGGCUGUACGGCCAAGCCAAUCACAACUGGUGUGGGAGGGCUGCUGUGUUGAUCGGCUGUCUGUCCACUGCACUGAUCCUGCUGCAGGGAUGAGACACUUUGAAAACUGGAUUUCCGGAUUGGUAGGAUGCAAACCAGGCCAAAUGAAGGAGGAUAUUCACUGUAAACUAAUGUCCUGUGUCCAAAGUGGUCCUUAAGAGUCAAAGUAGACCACUGUUAGUUGUAUCUGACGUGCACAUGAAGCCACAUUGAACACAAAAUGUAAUAUAAUCAUUGUAGAGCUAUAACUCAGCAUUAUGAUCUUCGAUUGAAGUAGUUUGAUACAAUUGUAUUUUUAAAAGAAAUAUGAGCGAAAUUAAUUGUCUUUUGUAUUUGAAAUAAAUUAAUUUGAU